AAGCACCCACCCCUUUUCUCCGUUCCAUGGUCCACAUGGAGCACGUUUUUUGGUCGGCUACCUUCACCGCAUUGGACGAUAAGAUAAACAAUAUGUACAAACGAGUUGUACCGCAUCCUAGGGGCCAAAUGGGAGACGCAAAAUGUAAACGUGUUACCGAAGAGUUACCGAAGUUGAACGAUCGCAAACCAUGGUGCCCCAAACGUACGAGUCUUUCCGGGUAUAAUAUAUCUAGCGCCAGGUUUACCAAUGUAUGAGUGUGUGUGUAUUCUUGAAUCGGAAGAAUAAGUGUAAGAAACCACCUCUUCGAUGCCAAUCAAUGUUGCUUGUCUCAUGCGAAAUCACAUCGUCACGUGAAGCCGCUCGAGAGUAUGGCGCACCGCGGAAGAUGCCGCCACAGAAUACGAUCGAGUUGACCACCAAACCGGAAGCGGAGAAUGGUGCUACCGGAAAACUUUUGCCCGCCAACGGUAAUGGUGAGACGGCAAAGGACAAGGAGGAUCCACCCACAACCACACUGAUCGUACCACCGGACGGUGGUUGGGGAUGGCUGGUAAUGGUGGCGUCCUUCUUCUGCAACGUGAUCGUGGACGGUAUCGUGAUGAACGUCGGCAGCUUCUUGGGCCCGAUACGGGACGAGUUCGGUGUUAGUGAGGCGGAAGUGGCCCUGGUCAGCUCGUUGCUGAGUGGGUUUUACCUGCUGACCGGUCCGUUCGUUAGUGCACUUGCUAACCGUUGGGGUUUCCGGAUCGUGACGAUCAUCGGUUCGAUUGUGGCCGCCCUAGGAUUCUUCGCGUCGCAGUACGCCACAAGCAUAGUGUUCCUGUACAUAACGUUCGGGUUUGUUGGUGGCGUUGGAUUCUGUUUCAUCUACGUACCUUCGGUCAUCACCGUCGGAUAUUACUUCGAAAAGUGGCGUGCGGUCGCGACGGGUAUCGCUUUGUGUGGUUCGGGAGUCGGUACGUUCAUCUUCUCUCCCGUAAACGCGAUGCUAAUCGAGUCGCUUGGUUGGCGCAGCGCUCUUGUUGCACAGGCGGCCAUUAUCCUGUUUUGCAUCGCAUGCGGUGCUAUUUUCCGGCCGAUCCAACCGACCGAGGUAACCGCUACCAAAACCGAUGAUACCCCGGCGGAUAAGGGUAUCCUGCUGGGCGAGGGCUUACCGGUCGUCUACACAAGACCUUUGCCUGAAGGACGCUACGCCUACUCGAUGCCAAACAGUUCGCACAACACGUGGAUGGGAGCGAACCCGAACUACCAGUAUCCGACCGCUGCCGAGAUCUUCCGUCAGGGCAGUGGGCACAAUCUCGAUCGCCGACCAUCGCACACAUCCGGUCAGCUGGUUAGUCACAAUUUGCAAAGCACCACCAAGAAGCUGGAGAAGAUCCAGAAACGCCUCGCCGGACAAAUGACACCGGACGAUACGAUUCAUGCGCACGGUUUCGCUACGGCACACCAUGAACUGAAUCCUGUCGGUGAGGCGGACGAGGAAGAGACAGAGAAUGGGACACUGCUAACGGCACCGGAGCAGCAAGCUGCCACAAUCACGACGGCAUCGACUCGCCGGCAUACCGUAUCUGGACGACGACCGAACGAACCGGCCAACUCGCGGCAUGGCUCACGAAGAACGCUGAACGACGGUGCUCGCCCAAUGUAUCGUGACGAUAUCUUCUUCACCGGCUCCCUUGCACGAAUUCCACAGUACAAGUCGCAAACGUCCCUCGGUUACCAUAUGUCUGUGACGCGGUUGCCGACACAGGCCGAUGUUGAGGAAACGGAAACCGAACAGUGCAUGGUAUGUCCGGAAGCGGUCCGCCGUACACUGGCUACUAUGUUGGAUAUGUCGCUACUGAAGUCACCCUCAUUCAUGAUGCUAGCCUUCAGCGGGUUCCUUACGAUGAUGGGCUUUUUCGUUCCGUUCCUGUACGUCAAGCAACGUGCCGUGGCCGGUGGAAUGGCAGAUGAGGUGUCUACGUUUAUCGUUUCGGCUAUCGGUAUUUCCAACACAAUUGCUAGGGUGGUCUGCGGAUUGCUGACAUCCUUCAAGAAUAUCAACGCACUGCAUUUGAACAAUGCUGCAAUCACGCUGGGAGGCAUAGCGACAAUGAUCAGUGGUAUCUACAUUACCGAAGCUUACCAGUUUACGUACGCGGGUAUCUUUGGACUUGCAAUAGCUUGUUUCUCUGCGCUACGUUCAAUUCUGGUGGUCGAUCUGAUGGGACUGGAAAAGCUCACCAACGCCUUCGGUAUUUUGUGCCUGUUCCAGGGCAUUGCUGCGUUCCUUGGUGCACCGAUAGCAGGAUACUUUACCGAGCUGACUGGCAGCUAUGAUGCUUCGUUUUACAUUUCCGGUGCUCUUAUCACACUGUCGGCCAUUCUCUGCUACCCGCUGGCCAUUGUGAACCGAUGGGAAAAACAACGUGCCGCUAAGAAGGACUCGCAGAAAGUUUAGUGUGGAUCGGCUAGCCUGCAAACCGAGGAUUAAUCUAUUAUUAUUCUAAUAUUUGCCUUUAUUAAAGUACGUUAGUGUACCGCUACAGUGCCGGCGAUACUGUGCCUGCGGUACACAGAGCGAGUGAGAAGCUUCUAAUCGAACAUAAAACAGAAGCAUCUUAUCAUGCCAAGCUGAAGCAUCUUGCAUUGGUGGAAGAAAGCAAACAGUCUUUCGAAUACGCCAUAGCGGCAAUUGAUUGAUUGCUGAUCUCCAUCACGAUAUCCUACAGCGGCACUCGCACUUUUAAGGAUAAGCCUGUAAGGAAAUGAACUCGGUGCUAUUUCAUCAAUAGGCUCUCAUAUUAGUUAAUAUUUUAUGCAAUCAAUAAUCUUGGCUUGGCUGGUCUUGGCUUAAUUACUGCAUACUGCAUUCGAGCUAAGCACAUCGCUAGGUAGUAGAGAAUGAUUGCAAAUUUUGCUCAUCCAUAGCGUUAUUUGAACAGAUGGUUUAAAUCGUAUAAUUUAAGAAGUGUCAACAACGGUCUUUACCUGCGCGAAGCAAUGUUUGGUUAAGCAAGGCAAAACCCGGAACAAGCAUACAUGAAAAAGAUACAAUAGUGAAUUUUUUUAAACACUCUUCAUCUGACUUAAGCCGAUCCUGUUAGCACACUUUUUCUUUUAAUACUUCACCAUACAACCGUUUAAAAUAGGGAAUGGGAAUCAAUUUCUAAAAACAAGAGGAUAAAAUUAUGAAUUGCAUACAUUCGCUUUUGCUGCACACUUAUAGCAACUAAUGUAUCAAAAUUGUUCUAGAAUGUUCUGGCGAUACAAUUGCUUAUAAAAUCAAUUAUCAGCCAUGUUUAGGAUCUAGCCAACGUACAUACAAACUGCACCGUUUAAUCUGCUUCCAUGUAUGUUAGCAAUAUUCCCACUAGCUGUUACAUGCGUUACAAUUUUGCGUAACGUUUCGAGAGACUGAGCAAGGGUCCAACGUAAGCCGUCAUUCCGACAGGUGUAGAAGAGCUGAUUGAACUAAAAGACAUUCGACUCGGGGUUGACUGCAGGUACGUCUUUAAAAUGCAAGACUUCUGGUUUCAUCAAUAUUUAAACAUACAGCAGUAGUUCCUACCAUGCCAUACUCUUCCUACCUUCAUGGGAAAGAGUCGCCCGAACGAGACAGGAAGUCCAUAAGUUUUAUUUAGAUUUGUAAUUUUACACUCCUCAUUAACGACAAACCUGUACGCAACUGUCCACACGGUACGGUAACUGUCCAUCCAUGCAGAAAACGGAUCGCGUUAGGCUUGCUGUUUGUGGCCGCACCCCUUUUGUUUGAUAUGUUUUUGUGUGUUAGCAAAGCAGCAUAACGAUACGAGUUUUCUGUGCGCAAAUAAAGUAAAGUACACUGAACGAGCGUAAGCUGCAUGUGUGAAUCACUAACCACAAGUAAAUCACGAUUGAAAGACAUUAGCAUAGCAGGACAGAGCAACGGGCGAAGAAAACAGGAUGCAUGCAAAACGGAACGCAAUACGAGAAUAAAUUAUCUGUGAUAUCAGCAUAUAUGAACUAUCUUAAGAAUAUGUUGUUGAUAUAAAACUGCAGACAUCACGGUGGGAAGGGAGUCGUACAUCCGCUCAUGUGUCGAAGCCUGUGCAACACUAUUAACUCUUCCAGAACUCUUCCACUCUUUGAACUCACGCUCGGAGUUAAUGUCUUGAACUAUAAUGCCUUGCAUACUGUUCGUCAGGCAUGGUCCGGAGGGCAACACGAAAUGCGACAGAAUUAAUUCAUCUAUUUUUCUGGUACCCCAUAGCUGUAGAUGGUAGAAGAACGUAUAAGUGGAAUAAAUAUACCUAAUUUAAGAUUUGUA